CCCCCCGGCCGCCGCCGCAGCCCGGGCCGCGUAGGCCCCCAGCCGUGCCUUUGAAAGGCGGCGGGAGGCGGCGGCGCGAUGGCGAGCCUCGGGCGCCUGCUCUGUGUGCUGGGCCUGCUCCUGUGGGCGGCGGCGGGCCCCGGCUCGUGCUCUCCUCGCGCCUCCUCGUCCAGCAAGCCCAUCAUCGGAGUAUUAAUGCAAAAAUGCCGUAAUAAGGAACUGAAAAGCCUGGGAAAAUACUAUAUUGCUGCAUCCUAUGUAAAAUAUCUGGAGUCUGCAGGUGCAAGAGUUGUACCAAUAAGGCCUGAUCUUACAAAUGAAGAGUAUAAAAAGCUUUUCCAAUCUAUUAAUGGGAUCCUUUUCCCUGGAGGAAGUGUUGACCUCAAGAAGUCAGGUUAUGCUCUCGCGGCCAAAACAUUUUACAACUUUGCCAAACAGAGUUUUGAUGAUGGAGACUAUUUUCCUGUGUGGGGCACUUGCCUUGGAUUCGAAGAGCUUUCAUACCUGAUUAGUGGACAGUGCUUAUUAACUCUUACACAUACUGAUGGAAUUACAAUGCCACUGAACUUCACUAAAGAUGCAUCGCAGAGCAGAAUGUUCCAGAAUUUUCCUCCUGACUUGUUGAAGUCAUUAUCAGUGGAACCUCUGACUGCAAACUUCCACAAGUGGAGCCUCUCUGUGACGAAUUUUACAAAGAAUGAAAACUUAAAGGAGUUUUUCAGUGUAUUAACUACAAAUACAGAUGGCAAGACUGAGUUUAUUUCAACAAUGGAAGGGUACAAGUAUCCAGUAUAUGGUGUCCAGUGGCAUCCAGAGAAAGCACCUUAUGAGUGGGGUCAAUUAAAAGGCAUUUCCCAUGCACCUAAUGCUGUGAAGGCUGCAUUCUACUUAGCUGAGUUCUUUGUUGCUGAAGCUCGGAAAAACAGUCAUCAUUUCGAAUCUGCCGUUGAAGAGAAUGAAGCACUGAUUUAUCAGUUCCGUCCAGUUUAUACGGGAAAUAUUUCUUCAUUUCAGCAAAGUUAUAUAUUUGAUUGACAGCCUGCAAUGUGUUAACAGAGAAAUUUUGAAUCAUUCCGUGAUUAAACUGUUGCAAUAACUUGCUACUCAUGGCAAUAAUGGAAAGCCACACAGAAAAGAUCCCUUUUCUAUGAUAUUACUAGCUCUGAUUCUUCAUUCAGUGUAUUUGACAAUUUAUAUCGCCUUUGAUAAUCAGUGAGAUAAAUAAUCCCAGUGUAUUUCAUGGAAAAGCUUUUAUCUGAAGAUUAGAACAAAACAAAAGGAUUGAAAAUAACAAAUAUUUUUUUUCUUAUUGAUUGUGGAAAUAAACACCUUCCCCCUACCCAUCAACCCCAUCCUUACCAAAGACCCUUUUUAUAUCCUA